GUAUGCAUCUCGAUUAAUCUUAAAGUUAUAUAUAUAUAUAUAUGUCAUAGCUAAGGUUCACAAAUAGGCACCAUCGGAGUUGAAUCAUGGGGUCUUCAGAAGAAGUCCACAAGAUGUCGAACGAAGAAGAAGGGCUACAAAAGGUUAUGCAAAUAAAUUCGGGCAUCGUUCUUCCGAUGCUCAUCAAAACCGCCAUCGAACUCGAUCUCUUCGAGAUCAUGGCCAAGACUCCUGGUGCCCGUUUCUCGUCUUCCGAUCUUGCUUCUAAUCUUCCUUCACAAACCCCCCAAACCCGACCUUUACUCGAGCGCAUUCUUCGGUUUCUCGCCACCCAAUCCAUUCUCGAAUCGACCCUCGCUACGGAUGAACAUGGGAAUUCUAUCAACUUAUACAGCAUGACACCUGUGUCCAAUCACUUUGUUCGUAAUGAAGACGGAACUUCCGUGGGUUCGAUAAUUCUCUUGAUCUACGAUAAAGUAAUCGUCGAUUGUUGGCAUCACCUGAAAGAUGCAGUGGUUGAUGGAGGGAUCCCAUUUGACAAGGCCCAUGGGGUGAAUGCAUUUGAAUACCCUGCAAAGGACAAUAGAUUCAAUCAAGUGUUCAACAAAGCCAUGUAUGAUAACACAAGAAUAGUGAUGAAGCUGAUUCUUGAGAAGUACAAAGGGUUUGAAGGGGCAAAAGAGUUGGUGGAUGUGGGUGGUGGUUUAGGUGCCACCCUUCAACUUAUUGUUGCCAAAUACCCAACUAUCAAAGGCAUCAACUUUGACCUCCCCCAUGUUAUCAAGGAUGCAACUCCUUCUCAAGGUGUGGAACAUGUGGGAGGAGAUAUGUUCGAAAGUGUUCCUAAAGGAGAUGUUAUUUUCAUGAAGUGGAUAUUGCAUGAUUGGGGAGACGAUUAUUGCAUUAAGCUUCUAAAGAACUGUUGGGCGGCACUGCCGGAGUACGGAAAGGUAGUGGUGGUGGAAGUCAUCAUGCCCGACCCUGAACAUCAACCAAUCAGUGCUAACGAUUCUGCUUCUUCUCAAGCUGCUGUCGGUAGUGAUAUGAUCAUGUUGAUUGCAAAUCCUGGCGGCAAAGAGCGUACGAAAAAAGAAUUCGAUGUCUUGGCUAAAGAAGCUGGAUUCACUUCUACCAAAAUUAUUUCUGGGGUUUCUUUUUUUUCCAUCAUGGAGUUCUACAAGAAUAUUUGAGUCCGCAACGUCUGUUAUAGAGACCUAUUUCUGCUUUAUAUAUGUUUGAACCUUUUAUUUUAUGUAUAAGUGCUCUUUAUAGUGUAAUCUGAAAUGAUACAUGUACGUUAUAUUGA